AUGGGAAAGGCUGCAUCGAAGUUAUCCAAUGAGGAUCUAAACGAGCUGAAGAAAUCCACGAAAUUCCAGACCAAAGAGCUGAAACAGUGGUACAAAGGGUUCAAGCGAGACUGUCCUUCUGGGAAACUCACCAGAGAAGAGUUUAUCCGCAUACACAAGCAAUUUUUUCCCUUUGGAGACCCCACAGACUUCAGCAAUUACGCAUUUGAUGCCUUUGACAAGGACAAAAGCGAUGCCAUUGAUUUCAAAGAGUUUAUCAUCGCAUUGUCCAUAGCCUCUAGAGGCACCAAGGAAGAGAAGCUGCGAUGGACGUUCAACAUGUAUGAUCUGGACAGGGAUGGAAUAAUAUCAUACGACGAGAUGCUUUUGAUAGUAAAGGCAAUUUACAAGAUGAUUGGUCCAAUGGUGGAGUUGUCGGACGACGAAGCCAGUCCGGAUUUACGGGUCCAAAAGAUUUUUAGGCUGAUGCAGAAACAACCCGACGAAAAGAUUAGCCUGGAUGAGUUUACAGCUGGUUCGAAGACAGAUCCCAACAUUGUGAUGUCUCUGGAGCUUUACAGUGGCUUGGUGUGA